ACAAUCAGCGCCGCGGAGCCGCCAAAGUGUCUAGACUGGCAUAUGAUGGGAGUCAGCCAAUGACUCCGCGGCGCUCCUCCGGGGGCCCUCAGUGUGCGUUUGAGGAGAACAAAAAAGAGAGAGCGAGCGGAGCAGGGGAGCGAUCGAGGGAGCCGAGCCGAGAGAAAGAGCCGCUGGGCGCUGCCUCGCCGGACCUCGCUGGGACCCCGGGGCCACCGGGAGGCACUUUUGUGGAGGGGGGAGGGGGGGCGACCUCGGCAGCGUCGGCGCACGAAGCGUCCGAGGGCAGCGUGGGGCGGGCUGCGACCUCUGCCUCGGUGGACUGCAUUUUUAAUUAAGGAUUCCCAGCAGCUCUUUGGGAUUUUUACAGCUUCCACUCAUGUGUUGACACCCGCGUCCAGGAGAAACUCGCUCCAAGUGCAUCUAGCGCCUGGGACCUGAGACGGCGUUGGCCUUUCGUGCAUGCAAAUCCAGGGAUUUAGGUUUUGUUUGGGAUUUCCUUUUCUUUCUUUCCUUUUUUUUUUUUUUCCUUUUUGCAGGGAGUAAGAAGGGAGCUGGGGUUAUCAACAAGCCUGCCUUUCGGAUCCUGCAGGAAAAGCCCAUGUAGUUAAGCGCUUUGGUUUAAAAUAAGGCAGGGGAAAGGGAGGGCUUUCCAAACACAUUUGGGGGUUCGCGCGAGCGCUUUGUGCUCAUGGACCAGCCGCGCAACUUUUGAAGGCUCGCCGGCCCAUGUGGGGUCUUUCUGGCGGUGCGCCGCCUGCAGCCCCCUUAAAGCGCGGGGACUGGAGUUGUUGAGCAGCCCCGACGCUGCGGUCCAUGUAGCCGCUGGCCGCGCGCGGACUGCGGCUCGGCGUGCGCGUGUUCCCGGCCGUCCCGCCUCGGCGAGCUCCCUCAUGUUGUCGCCCUGCGGCGCCCCUUCGACGACAGGCUGUGCACGGUCUGCACGGCGCUCCGCGGCGGAGCUUCAUGUGGGGCUGCGACCCGCGCAGCCGGCGCCUCGCUGAGGGAACGGACCCCCGGUAACCGGAGACCGCCUCCCCCCCACCCCUGGCGCCAAAGGAUAUCGUAUGUUCAGGUCCAAACGCUCGGGGCUGGUGCGGCGACUUUGGCGAAGUCGUGUGGUCCCCGACCGGGAGGAAGGCGGCAGCGGCGGCGGUGGUGGCGGCGACGAGGAUGGGAGCUUGGGCAGCCGAGCUGAGCCGGCCCCGCGGGCAAGAGAGGGCGGAGGCUGCGGCCGCUCCGAAGUCCGCCCGGUAGCCCCGCGGCGGCCCCGGGACGCAGUGGGACAGCGAGGCGCCCAGGGCGCGGGGAGGCGCCGGCGCGCAGGGGGCCCCCCGAGGCCCAUGUCGGAGCCGGGGGCCGGCGCUGGGGGCUCCCUGCUGGACGUGGCGGAGUCGGGAGGCCCGGGCUGGCUGCCCGAGAGUGACUGCGAGACGGUGACCUGCUGUCUCUUUUCGGAGCGGGACGCCGCCGGCGCGCCCCGGGACGCCAGCGACCCCCUGGCCGGGGCGGCCCUGGAGCCGGCGGGCGGCGGGCGGAGUCGCGAAGCGCGCUCGCGGCUGCUGCUGUUGGAGCAGGAACUCAAAACGGUCACGUACUCGCUGCUGAAGCGGCUCAAGGAGCGCUCGCUGGACACGCUGCUGGAGGCGGUGGAGUCCCGCGGCGGCGUGCCGGGCGGCUGCGUGCUGGUGCCGCGAGCCGACCUCCGCCUGGGCGGCCAGCCCGCGCCGCCGCAGCUGCUGCUCGGCCGCCUCUUCCGCUGGCCCGACCUGCAGCACGCAGUGGAGCUGAAGCCACUGUGCGGCUGCCACAGCUUCGCCGCCGCCGCCGACGGCCCCACCGUGUGCUGCAACCCCUACCACUUCAGCCGGCUCUGCGGGCCAGAAUCUCCGCCACCUCCCUACUCUCGGCUGUCUCCUCGCGACGAGUACAAGCCACUGGAUCUGUCCGAUUCCACAUUGUCUUACACUGAAACGGAGGCUACCAACUCCCUCAUCACUGCUCCGGGUGAAUUCUCAGACGCCAGCAUGUCUCCGGACGCCACCAAGCCGAGCCACUGGUGCAGCGUGGCGUACUGGGAGCACCGGACGCGCGUGGGCCGCCUCUACGCGGUGUACGACCAGGCCGUCAGCAUCUUCUACGACCUACCUCAGGGCAGCGGCUUCUGCCUGGGCCAGCUCAACCUGGAGCAGCGCAGCGAGUCGGUGCGGCGAACGCGCAGCAAGAUCGGCUUCGGCAUCCUGCUCAGCAAGGAGCCCGACGGCGUGUGGGCCUACAACCGCGGCGAGCACCCCAUCUUCGUCAACUCCCCGACGCUGGACGCGCCCGGCGGCCGCGCCCUGGUCGUGCGCAAGGUGCCGCCCGGCUACUCCAUCAAGGUGUUCGACUUCGAGCGCUCGGGGCUGCAGCAUGCGCCCGAGCCCGACGCCGCCGACGGCCCCUACGAUCCCAACAGCGUCCGCAUCAGCUUCGCCAAGGGCUGGGGGCCCUGCUACUCCCGGCAGUUCAUCACCUCCUGCCCCUGCUGGCUGGAGAUCCUCCUCAACAACCCCAGAUAGUGGCGGGCCCGGCGGAGGGGUGGGUGGGAGGCCGCGGCCGCCGCCACCUGCCGGCCUCAAGAGGGGCCGAUGCCCAGAGACACAGCCCCCACGGACAAAAUCCCCCAGAUAUCAUCUACCUAGAUUUAAUAUAAAGUUUUAUAUAUUAUAUGGAAAUAUAUAUUAUACUUGUAAUUAUGGAGUCUUUUUACAAUGUAAUUAUUUAUGUAUGGUGCAAUGUGUGUAUAUGGACAAAACAAGAAAGACGCACUUUGGCUUAUAAUUCUUUCAAUACAGAUAUAUUUUCUUUCUCUUCCUCCUUCCUCUUCUUUACUUUUUUAUAUAUAUAUAUAUAUAUAAAGAAAAUGAUACAGCAGAGCUAGGUGGAAAAGCCUGGGUUUGGUGUAUGGUUUUUGAGAUAUUAAAGCCCAGUCAAAAAGCUAAUACCAGUCACUCGAUAAUAAAGUAUUCGCAUUAUA